GGAAGCUAUUCAUGUUGUCACUUCAUGACCACCUACUUUAUAUGAAUCCCCCUAUUCAAGAAAUUGGCCUUAACUAUGGCGGGUAGUGCAAAACAAAUCUUUUCUAAAAUUCAACAAACUAAUAAUGUUUCUAAGGGUACCUUGUACGUAGUUAAUAGGAACCCCAGAAAUCUCGAACGAUUAAGACUAGCAUACAAAGUGGACGGAUAUCAUCUAGAAAGACCCGUUCGAAACUUCUGGCAUAGGUUGGAGCUAAAUGCUAGCAAAAAAUACGUUACAGCUAAAUUGGUUCACUUUGAAAACGGACCAGUGAUCGAAUGUAGCACUAAUGAAUGGGCUCUGAAGCGGCAUCUGUACAAAGGAAAUGACUUCACGGCGUUCAUUACGCUGGGAAAAGUAUUCGCCUCGCGUUGCUUGGAUGCUGGACUAACCGAGGUGCGAUGUGAUUUUAUACCGUCAACCGGAAAGAAGGUGGACCUUUUCCUACGCACUGUCGAAGAGAGUGGUAUUUGUCUCAAGGAACCGAAUAGAAUUCGCCCGGCGUAUUCUUGGGAUAUGCACCGACCCGAAAAGCCGUGGGAAGUGAUGGAGUAAAUACAAAAAGAAAUACGUAUUCAGAAUUUUAGUGAGCUAAGGUUUAUUAGUCAAUAAACAGCAAGCUGUUCGGCUUCAUUACGUUAGUCGAUCUUUACUGCUCGUA